AGAGAAUGAGUGGCAGAAGUAUCUCAGAGGCUCUGUGAUUUCACUCAACCGCUCACUUCAGGAAAAAGAGAACAUUUCAGGAUUACCAACACCGGGACUACAGUAGAGGAGCUACAGCAAAAGAUACCUCAAGAGAAGACGUGCCAAAAUAUUAGACUGAAGUGAUGGUGCUGGUCUGCAGGCUGCUGUUGGUCAUGGGGCUGAUGCUGUGUCUGAGUGCUCAGUUGAGCAGCGCUCAGCACUGGUCUCACGGCUGGUAUCCUGGAGGAAAGAGAGAGAUAGACCUCUACGACACCUCAGAGGUUUCAGAGGAAGUGAAGCUCUGCGAGGCAGGAAAAUGCAGUUACCUGAGACCGCAGGGAAGAAACAUCCUCAAGACAAUACUGCUGGAUGCCCUCAUUCGUGAUUUCCAAAAGAGAAAGUGACACCAAGCUGAUGCUUCAGCCUGUGUCCAAAGAAACAUCUUUUCCAGCAAACACAUUUGGCCUGCCUUUUCAUUCCAAACUGUAUAUAUUGUGUUAUUCCUGUGACUUUAUUUCUUUCAUUUUGUAUGUGUAUGUUUAGUUCUGUUCUCAUAUUCAUUGUGAGUAAAUCGACUGCCGGCACCGUGUACCCAUUUGCAGCAGUUCCUACAAUAAAGGCUUUAUUUUGGUAUUUUG